GACAUUGAAGAUUAGGUUGCGGUGUCUAUUCUAUUCUAUUCCCAUUCACUCUCUUUCACUCACUCAUUUCUCAUUUCUCAUUUCUCAUUUCUCUCUCCUAUUGCGGCUAGGGUUUUUGUUAUUCACCCUCUCCCUUCUUCUCUCUGAUCUUCGUUUCUGUCCACGAUGGAGAACACCAUGCAGGUUUACUAACGCUGGUUAAGCCCUUGCGUUUCGGAAACUGCGUUUCGAGUUUUAAAGUUGGCAAUAUUCUGAGAGAUGGCGACUAUGAACCCCUUUGAUUUGUUGGGUGAUGACGCUGAGGACCCUUCUCAGCUCAUCGCCGCCGAGCAGCUCAAGGCGGCCGCCGCGGUGCCGACCAAGAAGCCGCCCGCUCAGCAGCGCGCCGGUCAGACCAACAAGCCGGCUCAGCUGCCUACCAAGCCACCUCCCCCGGCUCAGGCUGUGAGGGAGUCCAGAAAUGAGCCUGUUCGUGGAGGCCGUGGGGGUGGACGAGGUGGUGGGCGUGGAUAUGGGCGUGGUCGUGGGUUUGGUCGUGACUCUUCUAAUGAUGAGAAUUCAUUCCCUGCCACUGGAGCUCCUUUUAAUCAGGGUUCUUUUGAAGAAGGAGAUGCUGCGAAGUCUUCUGAAAGACGCAGUUAUGGUGGACCACGAGCUCCUUACCGUGGAGGUCGUCGUGGAGGUUUCAGUAAUGGUGAAACCGGUGAAGGUGAAGAAGGACGUCCUCGAAGAACAUAUGAUCGUCGCAGUGGGACUGGAAGAGGAAAUGAAUUCAAACGUGAAGGUGCUGGGCGUGGUAACUGGGGAACACAAACUGAUGAAAUUUCUCAGGCAACUGAUGAAGUUGGAAUUGAAACUGAAAAGAAUGUGGGUGAUGAGAAGCCUGCAGUUGAAGAUGUAACUGAUGGAAACAAGGACAGUCCUGCUAAUGAAACCGAAGAAAAAGAGCCUGAAGAUAAGGAGAUGACUCUGGAGGAAUAUGAGAAAGUGUUGGAAGAGAGAAGGAAGGCAUUCCAGGCACUCAAGACUGAAGGGAGAAAGGUAGACACUAAAGUGUUUGAAUCCAUGCAGCCCUUGUCAAGCAAGAAAGACAAUCAUGACAUAUUUAUUAAACUGGGAUCUGAUAAAGAUAAGCGAAAAGAGGCUUUUGAGAAGGAAGAGAAAUCCAAGAAGUCUGUCCCAAUCACCGAAUUUCUGAAGCCUGCUGAGGGGGAAACAUACUAUAGCCCAGGUGGGCGUGGUAGGGGGCGUGGUGGGCGUGGCUCCCGAGGUGGUUACCGUGGAAGUGCCAUCAACAAUGCACCUGCUCCAUCCAUUGAAGAUCCCGGGCAUUUCCCAACCUUGGGUGGCAAGUGAGGUUUCCAGAACCCGUUUGACAUAUCCUGGUCCUAUUUUCAAUUUUGGGUUCUCUUAUUUGAACUUAAGCAGGAAAAGAACUAUGGUUAUUGAAUUUCCUGGAUUAGAAGGUUCAUUUAAUUUUAUGCCUUAAAAUGUAAAUUUAGGUUGUUCUUCAUACGGUCCUGUAUCCCUUGUAGCCUGUUCCCCCUUAUGCUUUGCUUUUACUGCGUUUGACAUUUUGGGGUAUAUGGUGGCGGGUAAGACAUAAAUGUUGUUGAGCUUCCUUUUCUUCAUAGAUAGACAAGACAUCUCAGUUUUGCUUCAAUUUUUGGUUUCUUUCCUAAAUUCUAGUAAAAAAUAAGUUAAAUACUGGUGGAA